AUGUAUAAAAUGGAAUAUUCUUACCUCAAUUCCUCUGCCUACGAGUCCUGUAUGGCUGGGAUGGACACUUCGAGCCUGGCUUCAGCUUAUGCUGACUUCAGUUCCUGCAGCCAAGCCAGUGGCUUUCAAUAUAACCCUAUAAGGACCACUUUUGGGGCCACCUCUGGCUGCCCAUCCCUCACUCCAGGAUCCUGCAGCCUCGGCUCUCUUAGGGACCACCAGAGCAGUCCAUACGCAGCAGUUCCUUACAAACUCUUCACCGACCACGGCGGUUUAAACGAGAAGAGGAAACAGCGGCGGAUCAGGACCACGUUCACCAGCGCCCAGCUCAAGGAACUGGAGCGGGUGUUCGCAGAGACUCAUUACCCCGACAUUUACACCCGGGAGGAGCUGGCGCUCAAAAUCGACCUCACCGAGGCGCGGGUGCAGGUGUGGUUCCAGAACCGCCGGGCCAAGUUCCGCAAGCAGGAGCGGGCGGCGGCGGCGGCGGCGGCGGCGGCCAAGAACGGCGCGGCCGGCAAGAAGUCGGACGCCUCCCGCGACGACGAGAGCAAGGAGGCCAAGAGCACCGACCCCGACAGCACCGGCGGCCCCGGGCCCAACCCCAACCCCGCGCCCAGCUGCGGCGGAGGCGGCGGCGGCGGCGGCCCCAGCCCGGCGGGCGGGCAGGGAGCGGCGGGGCCCGGCGGCCCGGGGGGGGAACCGGGCAAGGGGGCGGCGGGGCCCGGCGGGCUGGCGGCGGCGGGGCCGGGGCAGGGCUGGGCCCCGGGGCCCGGGCCCAUCACCUCCAUCCCCGACUCGUUAGGCGGCCCCUUCGCCAGCGUGCUCUCCUCGCUGCAGCGGCCCGGCGGCACCAAAGGCAGCCUCGUCAAGAGCGGCAUGUUCUGA